GAGAGAGAGAGAGAGAGAGAGAGAGAAUCCCCAAAAAGUGUGCGACUUCUUCUUACAAGUACCACAGCCACGCCCAUAAGAGACUCCCUCCCCCUUUCGUCAUUUUGCUUCAUUCUCUCUUCUCUUCCGCUUUUCAUCCUCUCCCCCCUCUCCUCCCCCUUUCCCCAACCCUCUCUCUUCUCUCCUCAAGGUUACUCUUCACUUUUCAUAUCGCCAUGGGGGACGCUCCUGACGCCGGCAUGGACGCCGUCCAGCGGCGCCUUAUGUUCGAGGACGAAUGCAUCUUGGUAGAUGAGAAUGAUCGUGUUGUUGGUCAUGAUACGAAAUACAAUUGUCACUUGUGGGAAAAAAUUCAAUCCGGAAAUAUGCUACAUAGAGCUUUCAGUGUAUUUCUUUUUAACUCAAAAUAUGAGUUACUUCUUCAGCAACGGUCUGCAACAAAGGUAACAUUCCCUCUUGUGUGGACGAACACCUGCUGCAGCCAUCCAUUAUACCGUGAAUCUGAGCUUAUUCAGGAGAAUGUCCUUGGUGUAAGGAAUGCUGCACAAAGAAAGCUCUUGGAUGAACUGGGCAUUCCUGCUGAAGAUGUGCCAGUUGAUCAGUUCAUCCCACUGGGCCGCAUACUGUACAAGGCACCUUCUGAUGGCAAGUGGGGGGAGCAUGAACUUGAUUACCUCCUUUUCAUUGUCCAAGACGUUACUGUCAAUCCAAACCCGGAUGAAGUAGCCGAUGUCAAAUAUGUGAAUCGAGGUCAAUUGAAAGAGCUAUUGAGGAAAGCAGAUGCUGGUGAGGACGGUUUGAAGCUGUCCCCUUGGUUCAGGCUAGUCGUGGACAAUUUCUUGUUCAAGUGGUGGGAUCAUGUUGAGAAAGGAACUGUCAAGGAAGCUGCCGACAUGAAAACCAUUCAUAAGCUGACUUGAAAGUUUCAGGUCAUAUACCAAUAAAAUUCCAAAUAAUAAGGCAUGAUAUCCUUGUUGUCUUGCUUAAUUCUGUCUUGUUUUGAACCACAACUUGUUACAAUUUACAGAUAGCUAUUUUUGUGUUGUAUUGAACUGGCUGACACAAGAGUUGCAGUCUCAUGAUUUAAGAGAGCUCAACAAGAAUCUGUGCUGUUGGGAUUUAUAUAUUGUUAACUCGAAUUUAUUUGUUUUAUGGAUAUGUUGGAAAUAUCAUAUGCAACGAUGUGAGGUGUAUGCUUUGUGAUUUUUUA